UAAUGAAGCAACCUCCUAAGAUGAGUUAGGCAAGCAGUCCAAACAACAAACUCAUCAGUACUCUAUUACUGAAACAAAAGAGUCCUUCAUAGUAUGCAAUUCAGAGUCCAGCAGUCUCUCCUACUCAAGUGAGUUUGCCGAAAGGUCUGUAUCAAAGCAAGAACACAUCAAUUGAUUUGUCCAAAUUGGCCAGUCUGAUGAAGCAAUAGAAAGCGAAGUAGCCAUCCGAAGGACAGAAAGACUCAAUGAACUAGUUGAUAGCAAAGGCUCGUGCAAUUGCAAUGUCUGCAAAGACACCAACAGGCCCGAUUCAUAUUCGGAAUGAUUCAACGCAGGUUCGGAAGGAGAACAAAGAGCCAGAGGUGGUGAGUCCAAAGGUUUCAGAUACGAAAUAGAUGGGGAAGGCAGCAUUUACAUUUGAAUAUGUAAUAGGAAUCGGAGGAUUUGGGAAGGUAUGGAAGGUGAAGAGAGUGGGAUAGCAAUACGCUAUGAAGGAGAUGUCUAAAGCCUUGGUGAUAACAAAGAAGAGUGUGAACUCAGUGAUGAAUGAGCGUAUGUUGCUCAGUCAACUCAAGCACACAUUCUUGAUCAACAUGUACUAUGCAUUUCAAGAUCGAGAGAAUCUGUACCUGGUGAUGGACUACAUGUGUGGAGGUGACUUGCGAUUUCACAUUGGGAGAAUGAGACGAUUCAAUGAGGAACAGACUAGUAAUAGUAUUCGAUGAUAAUAAGAGUUUUUUGUGGCCUCUAUUUUUAUUGGUCUUGAGUACCUGCACACAAACAACAUCAUCCACAGAGACAUCAAACCAGAAAACUUGGUGCUUGAUGAAAAGGGUUUUGUGCACAUUACCGAUUUAGGUAUUGCUCGUGUUAUGAAGCCUGAAAAUUCUAGUGAUACGAGUGGAACACCUGGUUAUAUGGGUAAUCAGUUAAUCAUUUAAUAAGCAAUUAGCUCCUGAGGUGAUGUGUAGAUAGAACCACACUUUUGCAGUCGAUUACUAUGCUUUGGGUGUAAUUGCUUAUGAGUUUAUGUUGGGCAGAGUAUGAAUUAAGAUUUAAUCAAAUGUAGCGACCCUACGUUGGUCGAUCUCGACAGGAGAUUCGGGAUCAAAUACUGGCCAGAUAAGUCUAAAUUAGAGCAAGUGAAGUCCCUCCUAAUUGGAGUGCCGAGGCAGUUGAUUUUGUGAAUCGUUUAUUACAACGUAAACCCAAUAGUCGACUUGGUUAUAAUGGAGGACAUGAAAUCAAAUUGCAUCCUUGGUUCAAGAGUUUCCCAUGGUCCAAGUUAUAAAACAGAGAAUUCACUGCUCCAUUCAUUCCAAAUCCGAGUGAUGAUAAUUUUGAUUAACGUCAAAUAGUGAUCGAGGAUGAAGAGAAUGCUGAAUUGAUCAGUUAGAAUAUGCAAUUGUUGAGAGAUCCCAAUGUUCAGCAACAGUUUGUUGGCUACGAAUAUCAAGCGCAUAAUAAUGAGAGGGUCUUCGUCUUUGAUUAAUAAAAAUAAUGAAGCUAUCACUCACAUUAUUUACACUUCUAAUAUCUAUUUAUUGUGCCGUGCAUAGAGAAUAUUACGAUAUCUUGGGAGUCUCUCCAAAUGCUUCAGUCUAAGACAUCAAGAAGGCCUAUCGUAAACUAUCACAGCAAUACCAUCCCGACAGAAAUCAAGGUGAUCCAGAUGCAAAUGAAAAAUUCUCGAAAAUCAACGUGGGUAUUGGAGAAUCCUAUGAUUUUAGCAUAUGAGGUUCUAUCAGACCCAGAGUAGAGGAAAAAGUAUGAUAAGGGAGGAGUUGACGGUCUCAAUAGUCAGGGAAUGUAGCAUCACGAUCCAUUUGAUAUAUUCGGAUCAUUUUUUGGAAGAGAAUAGUAGGGAGAACGAAAGGGCCCAGAAUUGAAGGUUAAGGUUAGAGUCACUUUGGAGGAUAUUUACAAUGGCAAAGAGAUCCCAGUCUAUUUGACUAAACAAAUAUUAUGUCCACAUUGUAGAGGUUCAGGAGCUGAUGAUCCAGAUCUCGUGGAGACAUGUCCAGUUUGUAAAGGUGUUGGAAGUGUCUAGAAAAGACAAUAAGUGGGUUUUGGAUGUAAGUUAAUUUAUCGACAAUAUAAGUUUUUUAAACAUUCCAAGCCACGUGUGAUAGAUGUUAUGGAACAGGAAAGAUCAUCAAAAAAAAGUGCCAUCUUUGUAAAGGUGAUAAGGUAAUAGAAUGUCAUUGAUUCUUAGAUCAUUCCUGGAGCUGAUAAUAUCAGUUUGUAUAUAGAGAAAGGAAUCUAGGACAAGCAAACUAUUGUAAUCAUUUACAUCGAUAUGCUAUUUAGAAAUAUGAGAAUAUGGCUGAUGAACGUAAUGAUUCUGGCACUUCGGAUCUCGUCUUUUAAAUUGAACAAAUACCACAUGCAUUCUUUUAAAGACAAGGAACUGAUUUAAGAUGCAAAGUGGAGAUCACUUUGAAGGAAGCCUUACUUGGAUUCAAGAAGAAGAUCAAACAUCUUGAUAAUCAUUUUGUGAGAAUUGAUAAGGAAGGCAUUACAAAGCCUGGGGAAGUGUAAGUCAUAAAAGGGGAAGGAAUGCCAUAACACGAGUUUUCAUCUCAACAUGGAGAUUUAUAUGUAGAAUACAAAGUGGUGAUUCCAGAUUUCAAUGGGGAACAACUUAGAUGUAAAUAUAAAUUAUUAUCACAUAGAAUGGUAAAAAUUCUUUUAAUGAAUAUAAUAUAAAUGUAUAAUUUACAUGUUUUUGUUUAUUUAC